AAAUAAUUAGUGAGCGUUAGAGGAGAGAUAUUACGGUGGACUCGACCCACCCCUACUUUACCACCGUUUGAACAAUUAAUUUGGAAAGCCAUAUCCAAUCCCUCACAGUGGCAGCAAGAAAUUAGACGAGAGAUUGAAGACUGUCUUUCUUCCAUUGCCAUCUAUAUCGAGCUUCUCUAAACUAAUGGCGUUGGUAGCUCUCAAACUCAUCAAUGGAUCACGUCUCGCCCUCCAUCCAACCCAUAUCCCAUCAAAUUCAAGAACCAUACGAGCUUUCUCCGCGAUUAUGUCUCCACCCUCCACAGCCGUCGUCUACGAUCUCCAUGGUCCUCCAGACACCGUUACCAGAGUGAUUAACUUACCGCCAGUUGAAAUGAAAGCUAACGACGUCUGUGUUAAAAUGCUGGCGGCUCCGAUCAACCCCUCCGAUAUCAACCGCAUUGAGGGUGUAUACCCUGUGAGGCCCGAAGUGCCGGCUGUUGGAGGAUAUGAGGGAGUUGGUGAAGUGCAUUCAGUUGGCAACGCCGUUCAGGGUCUUUCACCUGGUGAUUGGGUUAUCCCAUCUCCACCUUCUUCUGGGACAUGGCAGACUUAUGUUGUAAAAGAUCAGAGUGUUUGGCACAAAAUCAACAAGGAAGUACCCAUGGAAUAUGCUGCUACUGUUACAGUUAAUCCUUUGACUGCUCUGAGAAUGCUGGAGGAUUUUGUCUCUUUAAAAGCAGGAGACUCGGUUGUUCAAAAUGGAGCGACAAGCAUAGUUGGACAAUGUAUAAUUCAGCUUGCUAAGAUACGCAGCAUCCAUAGCAUAAAUAUCAUACGUGAUAGGGCAGGGUCUGACGAAUCAAAAGAAAAACUUAAGAGACUUGGAGCUGAUGAAGUUUUCAGUGAGAGUCAGCUUGAAGUAAAGAAUGUUAAGAGCCUCUUGGCUAACCUUCCUGAACCUGCUUUGGGAUUUAACUGUGUUGGAGGCAACGCUGCCACAUUGGUUCUCAAGUUCUUGAGGCAAGGAGGAACAAUGGUAACGUAUGGUGGCAUGUCUAAGAAGCCAAUUACAGUAUCAACCUCAUCUUUCAUUUUUAAGGACCUUUCUCUGAGGGGAUUUUGGUUGCAAAAAUUGAUGGGUAUAGAUAAAGCAAAAGAGAGCAGAAAGUUGAUAGAUUACCUACUGGAUUUGGCUCGUCAAGAGAAGUUAAAAUACGAGAUGGAGGUGGUUCCUUUUGACAAUUUUCACAUUGCACUCAACAAGGCGCUUGGUAAACAAGGAAGCCAACCUAAACAGGUUAUCAAAUUCUAGCUCUCUUGACAUUGGUUUACAUUUGGCUUUAUACUCUAGGUCGUAGGUAGUUUUCAAGUUUGCUGAGUUAGAUUCUAGGCUCUGAAAAUAAAUACACCUCUUGUUCCUAAGAAAUUGAAGACCAUAUAAUCAUCCAAUGAAAGCCUACUAGAGUGAUAUGCUCAUUUUGAGUUGUAAAAACUAAAAACGGAAUGCUCAAAUUGCUAGGGAUAGCAUUUGAUUCACUUGUAAAGCUUGUAUGGUUUGAAGUUUGAAGUAUAAAGUGAAAUUUGCUCA